GCAGUUUUCCAUCAAAGCAUCUCGAUUCAGACUGGUCUUGCUUUCGCAGAGCUUGAAAGGUUACGAAACGGUUCGAAAAUGGCCGAAGCUGAGCCACAGCAGCAGCAACAGACGACGUGUUAUGUGAUUUGCUGUUCUGAUUUUCUCUUAUUGAAGGAUCGAGAAGGUGAGAGGAGCCUUAAAUAUCUAUAUUUUGUUCAAUUAGCAUAUGUAUACGUGGUCGUGUGCUUCUCAAGCCUCUACGGAUUCGCGAAGAAAAACUCCGGUCCCCUGAAAUCAGGUGUGGAGACCAUUGAGGGCACCGUGAAGACCGUAAUCGGACCGAUCUACGAGAAGUUCCGAGACGUCCCUUUCGAACUCCUCAAACUCGCCGAUCGCAAGGUCAUGCAUCUUAUUUUAGCCACGCACGUUACCAAUUUCAGCGUGUAUUUACUUUCAGACGCUAUGAUGCGCGGGAUGAUAUAUUAUUGUUCCGUCUUUCAGGUGGACAGGUCCCUGACCAAGUUGGAUCGCCGUGUGCCGCCGCUAGCGAAGCAGGCUUCAAGCCACGCAUUCGCGGUGGCCUCGGAGGUCCGGCAAUACGGCUUGGCGGAUGCCGCCGCAAACAUAGCGAGGACUGUUCGUACCAGCUACGGACCAACCGCGAAGGAGCUGUACGGAAAGUACGAGCCGGUGGCUGAGAAAUAUGCGGUGGCGGGGUGGCGGUCGCUGAACCGGCUGCCGCUGUUCCCGCAGGUGGCUCAGGUGGUGGUUCCCACGGCUGCGUACUGGUCGGAGAAGUACAAUGAGGGGGUGCAAUACGCGGCGGAGAGAGGGUACGCGGUAUUGUCAUAUCUGCCGUUGGUGCCAAUAGAUCGGAUUGGCAAGGUGUUUAAGGAGGGUAAAUCACAAUGAGAAGAGUAUGGUUCCGGUGAAUCGGAUUUGGUGAUAAAGAUUUUUAUUUAUGAAUGAAGGUUAAGGAGGAGGAUGUGUUUUUGCCUUUAUGUAUUGAAAAAAAAAAAGUGUGUUCUCUGAUUUUGUUUUUUGUUCAUGUUUUUGUAAUUUGUUUUGUUUGAUUUAGUUUGCAUGGUUAGAGAGUGAAGGAGUUUUUAUGGAAUGAUAUGUUGAAGAAAAGAAAUUGUCUAGCGACAAUAGAGAGUUAAGAAGAUUAUGCAAGCAGUGUUUUUUUUUUUUUAAUAAAAAUUUAAAUAAUUUUUCAAAGAAA